AUGUUGAGAUAUGUGUUGAGUGCUCAGAAGACGGCUCUGAUCGUUUACGCCCACCAGAGCGCCGGCUCGUUUAACGCGGCGGUCCGAGACGUGGCGGUGGAGGAGCUGACGGAGCAGGGCUAUAAGGUCAUCGUGUCUGACCUGUACGCCAUGAACUUCAGAGCCAACGCCACGCGGGACGACAUCAUCGGUGAUCUGAAGAGCCCGGAGCUUUUCCAGUAUGGAGACGAGAUGAUGCACGCCUGGAUGGAGGAUCGGCUCAGUGAGGACAUCGUAGCCGAGCAGCGCAAAGUAGAAGAGGCCGAGCUCAUCAUCUUCCAGUUUCCGUUGUACUGGUUCAGUGUGCCGGCCAUCAUGAAGGGCUGGAUGGACAGAGUGCUGGCACAAGGCUUCGCUUUCUCCCUGGAAAAGAUGUACGAUAACGGCAUCUUCAAGGAAAAGAAAGCGAUGUUGUCCUUCUCAACCGGAGCAACACAGUCUAUGUUCCACCCUGAUGGCAUCAAUGGAGACAUCAACAUCACACUGUGGCCUCUGCAGAACGGCACGCUGCACUUCUGUGGAUUUCAGGUUCUGGCUCCUCAGAUAUUCUGGAGUCCGGUUCACUGCCCUCCACCGGUGCGAACAGCGAUGCUAGACGGGUGGCGCGCUCGACUGAAAGGACUGUUGGCCGAAAAGUGUUUGACCUUUGCCCCCUGCGAGCUGUUUGACCUCACCUUCCAAGGGGGGUUCAUGCUGCGGCCCGAGGUGAAGGAGGAGAGAGAGUCGCAGCCCUACGGCAUUUCUACAGGACACCAUUUAGGGAAACCGUUGCCACCUGACAACCAAACCAAAGCUCAACCUGCAGAUGAAAACAGCAGAAAGUAGAACCUCCUCUUCACUCAUGAACCAUCCAUAUGAUCACUUUAAA